AUGGCAGCUCAUCUCUGGAAGUCGUGCAACCGACGAAGCUUCUUCUCAGAGAGCCCGGACGUUCCAAGCGGCGUUACCAUUCGUUUUGCCAAGGGGCAGUAUGUUGUCUGCCCCGCGGAAGACGAACGGCUUACCACAUUCUGUCGCGCGGUUGCCAUCCUCAAUUGCGAGGCUGCUAUCACCGUCACGUCUCCUGUCGUUGCGGCCAUCUGCACCCGACUUGCUCCUGGAACGGAACAAAUUCCCAUCACUCCAUCUCAACACAUUCAGGUGGUCGAAACCAUGGAACAGCUCGCCGGUGCACGAAAAGCUCAAAAUGCCUGUUUCAUCCGUCGAGAAGGCACAGUUGUGAUUUGGUGCGACCACGUCGAGCAGCUCGAAGAGAGAGCCCAGGAACUUGAAGAAAAGAUGAUCAAGUUCGUUUGGCACAGCUCUGUCAAGAACAACACUACGAAUUUGCCCGCUUCUUCGAGCACUCCAAGCCUCGUCGACAGUUCUAUGAGUCAGUUCAACCAAAGCCAAGCACGUAUCCGCUCAAUGUCGUCCAACGGCCACGGCACCCCGAUCUAUGGUGCGGCUUCCGGAAACCCCUCGGUUGCUCACUCGAAUCCAUUCUCAGAGUCUCGCGCUGCCGAUGACUCGCCGGUAAACUCCGGCUCUCCUACAACGCCAGGAUGGGCCCACACUUACGCAAGUGAUCCAGAGAAGCAACAACAGUCCGUUUUCGAGGAGAGAAAAGCGAAUUACCAAGCAGCGCUCCAACAUGGAUUGGCUGUUGGCCUUGAUGUAGUCUUGUGCUUCCUUUUCAUUUCAAGGCUCUUCCAAUACUCUCUCAUCGAUGGACAGUGGGCACGCAUGGGCUUGGCUGCAACCACCCUACUUCUGUUUCCCGUCAUCCUUUUCUUUUGUGACAACGUCGUCGGCGUCAUCUUUCAAACCCUCGGACCCAUCCGUCAACUCCACCAGAACUCCCGUUACUAUUCUGGUAAGCCCCCGAAUAGAAUCACCGGUCAGUUGCCGCAUAUCACCAUCCAGAUGCCGGUGUACAAGGAGUCGAUGGAAGGUGUUCUCAUUCCUACGAUCGAGUCGGUCAAGAAAGCCAUCAGUACCUACGAGCUCCAAGGAGGUACGGCAUCGAUCAUUGUUUCCGAGGACGGUAUGCAGCUUCUCCCCAAAGAGCAACAGGUCGCUCGUCAGGAUUACUAUGAGAUGAACAACAUCGGCUGGGUAGCUCGACCCGCGCACGGCAAGGACGGGUAUCUUCGAAAAGGUCGCUUCAAAAAGGCUUCGAACCUCAACUUUACCUGCCACCUUUCUUUGGCAAUCGAGCAGAUGAUGUCUGAAAAUCGACCCCAGGCGCCCGAAGCACUUGCAUUGUGGACUGAAGCCGAUGAGACCAACCUUUACUAUCACUGUCUGGAGCGAUGUCUCCCAAAGCUUCAUCCUCUAGCACAGGCAAGCGGCAACGUCCGAAUCGGUGAUCUGGUGCUUCUCAUCGACUCUGACACGCGAGUUCCCGAAGAUUGCCUUCUGGACGCUGCUUCCGAGAUGGUGCAGUGCCCCGAUGUCGGUGUAUUGCAGCAUUGCUCUGGUGUCAUGAUUGUCACGGACAGCUACUUCGAGCUCGGCAUCAGCUUUUUCACCCGCCUUGUCAACUUUGCAAUCUCGUCAACUGUCGCCGCCGGAGACCUUGCUCCGUUUAUGGGUCACAAUGCCUUUUUACGAUGGUCGGCAAUGCAGGAGGCAUCGUUCGUCGACCCCGAAGACGGUGUCCGAAAGAUCUGGUCCGAAACGCACGUGUCCGAGGACUUUGACAUGGCGCUGCGUCUACUUAUGAGCGGCUACAUCAGCCGAUGGGCCACCUACUCGAACAAUGGUUUCGAAGAGGGCGUGUCGCUUACCUGCGAUGACGAGCUCAACAGGUGGCAAAAGUACGCAUUCGGCUGCUCUGAGCUUGUCUUCAAUCCCAUCUGGCAGUGGCCAUACCGAGGGCCUUUGACAAAGCUCUUCCGCACGUUUUUGCGCAGCAACGCGCCCAUCCACUACAAAUUUUCGGCGUGCUCGUACAUCUUCUCCUACUACGCCAUCGCCUGCGCUUACCCUCUGGCUAUUGCGCUCUACCUAACUCAAGGAUGGUUCUAUCCUGUGUUGCUCCCGGCUUUCCUGCCUCCGUUCCAGGUUUGGGUCGCCGUGAUUGUAGUAUUCACCGCAGGCGGAAACGUCUCGCAGAUUCUUGCAAGAUACCGUGCCAAGGUCGAUGGACUCUUCAACCUCAUCAAGGAACACAUCAUAUGGAUCCCUUACAUGUUUAUCUUCUUCGGUGGCCUCUCGUAUCACGUCUUGACUGCUCUUUUGGCUCACCCUGUCGGUAUCAACAUGAGCUGGGGUGCUACUAUCAAGGACUUGGAGGACAGCAAUUUCUUCAUCGAGGUUCCUCUCAUCUUCAAGAGGUUCUGGAGAGUUCUGUUGCUUUCCACCGUAACCAUCGCAGCUGUCAUCGUGUUUCAAUUGCCACAUGUUCUUCCACUCGAAUGGCAGAUCCAGGGCUUUUUCGUCUACUGGCCCGUCCUUCUUCUUGCCAUCCUGCACAUUCUCUAUCCUAUCGCACUCAACCCAGCGCUCCUCCGUUUCUCUUUCUAG